CCACCCCAAAUCAUAGGAACCGCCAAGAGAAUUGUUCUCUGCAUUUACCAUGACUUCUAAUACACCUCUGCUCACAAAGACCACAUUACUACCAACUCAACACCCUGCAAAACCUCCAUCAAAAUCCAAUGCCAGCAGUUUCUUGUUCUACGUUGCCUGCACCGCUAUCACUGCAGCCUUCGUCUUCUUCUCUUUUACCUCGUCUUCUCUUCCUCCUCUUCACCCCUCCAGAAUCCUACUUGGGCGCCAACUCAACAAACUUUCUCACCCCGUUGUUAUCAUGAUCUCUUGUGAUGGCUUUCGUUUCGGGUAUCAACACAAAACACCUACUCCAAAUAUUAAACGUUUGAUUAGUCAAGGGACAGAAGCCGAAACAGGGCUAAUUCCUGUUUUCCCAACAUUAACAUUUCCGAAUCACUACUCAAUUGCCACUGGCUUGUAUCCGGCAUAUCAUGGAAUUGUUGCUAAUUCUUUUCGUGAUCCAAACACUGGUGAAACAUUUAAUAAGCAAAAUUCUGACCCCAAGUGGUGGCUUGGGGAGCCUUUGUGGGAAACUGUGGCCAGUCAAGGCCUCAAUGCGGCUACCUUUUUCUGGCCUGGCUCUGAGGUAAAUAGAAGUUCUUGGACUUGCCCGUCAAAAUACUGUAGAAAAUUUAAUGAAUCUGUACCGUUUGAGGAGCGAGUUGAUACAAUUUUGAGUUAUCUUGAUUUGCCAGCUAGUGAUAUUCCUUCGUUAAUGACAAUGUAUUUGAACGAUCCGGAUGCUCAGGGUCACAAGGUUGGCCCUGAUCACCCUCAAAUCACAGAAGCUGUUGCUCACAUUGAUCAGGUGAUAGGGAGAAUGAUUAGUGGUUUGGAGAAAAGAGGGGUUUUUGAAGAUGUUAAUUUGAUCUUGUUAGGUGAUCAUGGAAUGGUUGGUACAUGCGAUCAAAGGCUAAUCUUUCUAGAAGAAUUAGCUCCGUGGAUUGACAUUCCAGAAGACUGGACCGAAAAAUACAGUCCAGUACUUACCAUUCGUCCACCACCUGACGUCUCCCCGGCUGACGUUGUUGCUAAGAUGAAGGAGGGACUAGAAUCUGGAAAAGUUGGCAAUGGCAAGUACUUGAAAGUGUAUCUUAAAGAGAACCUCCCUAGUCGGCUGCAUUACUCAGAUAAUGAUCGGAUCACCCCCAUCGUUGGACUAGUCGAUGAAGGGUUUAAAGUGGAGAUGAACGUAUCAGAAGCUAAAGAAUGUGCAGGAGCACAUGGGUAUGACAAUGCAUUUUUCUCAAUGAGGACCAUAUUCAUCGGCCAUGGUCCUAGGUUUGCUAAGGGAGCGAAAGUGCCUUCUUUUGAAAAUAUUCAGAUAUACAAUUUGGUGACAUCAAUCCUCGGUAUAAAGGGUGCUCCUAAUAAUGGUACCUCAUCUUUUCCUAAUAAGGUUCUCUUACCCGCCGCAGCUAAAAUCUUCUAGUUUCGGGUUGUCAUGGCAGUGGCAGGCUGGCAGCUAGAGCUGGAGUUUCAGGUUGCUGCAGUAUAAUUGCAGAUACACUGGAACUCUAUAAUAAUUUACUGUGCUUUAUUAAAUUAAUAAUGCUUUGGCUUGCCCCUGUAAGUGAGUGUUUCAAGUUCUUAUCAACAAU